AUUCCAACAGUAUAAGACCCCGUCGGCACACAUAUUCCACAAGAUUCUGUUAUUCGCUUGUGUAAUUAACGGAUGCGGUGUCAACUAGUAAAAAUGCAAUACCAUCCCAAGUCGAAUAAACUUUGAUAUUGCCCAAAUAAGCGAAUGUGGUACAGAUUGUGAAAGUAGCGUGCAACGCUGCCGACUACUUUAACUUGUAAAGUUCCUCCUGCUCCGUCGUCGGCCUUUCUGAGAGCAUCCCGCGCAAUCAAAAAUCUGGGCAUGAUUUCAACGCGCCAGUGCAGCAUUUGAAUUGCAGAGCGCACGAGUCCGAGCUACCAGCUGGAUCCCCAGGAGCCAGAGACCAGGAUCGAGACCAGGACGGCAGAAAAGCCCGAGGAGCCGCAGGAGUUGCCCGAGUUCCACAGGCAUAACCUUAAAAGGCACGUGCAUCGCGCGUAGAAGAGUUCUCUGCGUGCCACCACACAGCCAAUCGGUUGCUCUCCCAAAAAACAAACACGCAAUACCAAAUUCCCGAAGACGAAGACAUGGCCACCCUCCUCAGCAACGGACAGCAGUCGUUGAUGGCCAGCGCCAGUAAUGGUCAGGAGCAGCAACAGCAACAACAGCAGCAGCAGGACGAACCGGAGCAGCAGCACGUCGAGAUCAGAAAGUCGAGCUCACCGAAACCAGGCGCCAUGCCCAGCUUGAAGCUGAACAGGAUGGGUUCGGUGUCACCGAAAGAUAAACGAGUCUACAAAAUCGUCCUCACUGGCGGGCCUUGCGGCGGAAAGACGACGGGACAGUCCCGCUUGUGCACUUUCUUCGAAAACCUUGGAUGGAAGGUAUUCCGCGUGCCUGAAACGGCCACUGUUUUACUCAGUGGCGGUGUGAAGUUCUCCGAUCUGACCGAGAAAGAGGACCCGCCCACGCCAACCACGUUCGUUUACAAAGAUCUGCCCUUCGCCGCUCCGGAGCACAGUCUCAUCGAUCUAACCGCAUCCUGUCCGCGCUGCUUGGCCAAGGCUGCAUCCCGGCCCAAUGGCAGCGAAGCCUACAAGUUCCAGGAGAAUCUUAUCCGCACCAUGGUCCAAAUUGAGAACACCUACUUUGAACUGGGCAACUCGAGCACCCGCAACUGUCUGAUUAUCUGCGAUCGCGGCGUUAUGGAUGCCAGUGCAUACAUAUCCAAGGAUAAAUGGGAAAAGAUGAUGGCGGGCAACAAUUGGAAUCCCGUGGAGAUGCGCGACAAUCGCUACAACCAAAUCCUGCACUUGGUUUCGGCUGCCAACGGCGCCGAGGACUUCUACUCCACAGAGGACCAUGCCUGCCGCUCGGAGGGCGUUGAUUUGGCCCGGGAACUGGACUACAAGUCCGCGGCCGCCUGGGUGGGCCAUCCCUACUUCGAUGUGAUCGACAACUCCACCAACUUCGAGACCAAGAUGAAUCGCAUGAUUGAGUCGGUGUGCCAGAAACUGGGCAUUGAUAUUGGCGACCGUUUGCAGGCCACGUCGCGCAAGCUGAAAUAUUUGGUGGCCCUUCUGCCGCCGGACAGCGAGUUUCCGCCCUUCCAGGACUUCGAUGUCGUACAUCAUUAUCUGCAGUCCGCCGGACCCAAGGUGCAGGCUCGCCUUCGCAAGCGCGGACAGAAGAACCACUGGAGCUACAUCCACACGCAGCGGCGUCCAAACGUUCACGGGCAGGCCCGCAUUGAGGUGAAGACCCAGCUGACGCAUCGUGACUACAUGAACUUGCUGGCCCAGCGCGACGAUGCUCAUUUCACCAUCUACAAGAAGCGUCGCUGCUUCCUUAUCAACAACCAAUAUUUUCAGCUUGAUAUUUAUAAGGAGCCAGGCCACCCACGCUGCAAGGGAUUGGUGCUUUUGGAGACGUAUUCGUCGCUCACCGGCGAUGCCCUAAAGAACUGCAUGCCCAAGUUCCUGAACAUUGUAAAGGAGGUGACCGGCGAUCCGGACUACUCCAUGUUUAAUCUAUCCCUCAAGGAGGACUGGAGCACCACCAAGAAGUUUUGCCGAUCGGCGACGCACGGUAAGCAGGAGGAGCAAUCGCCAGUGCCGGCAAAGCAGUAUCAUCCAUACGACGAGAACAGCGAUUAGGGCAUGAGGCCACAUAAGUCAACAUAAUCCAUAGCCAAAGAGAAUGGAACCAAAAGAUUAUAGUUUCACUGCUGUACAUAAUAUAAGCUUCUAUCUUUCGUUGCUCCAAUGCAUGCCACUUCAUUUUACUUUCAUUUUCUGUUCUUUUCAAAAUUUCAAAUUGAUGGUAAUCGUUUUGGUUUCUCAAAUUUUAAUUUUCGCCUGACUAUGUUUCUCUUUUGAUUUUGUAGUUAAGGGCGCCGCUAAUGGAGUCUCGAGCACGCCGCUGCUCCUCAAUGGUCAGUAGGCUUCCGAACUGUCCCUGAAUCUCUUUUGCACACGCAUAUUACACGGCAAAAGCAAGUUAUAAGAACACCAAUGACCUGGCAAUAAAAUGUACAAAACAAAAAAAAAAAUCUUAAAACCGGAACGGAUGUCGUUCCAAGCCAACAAGCAAUCAGUGCUCUGGCCCCCCAAAACUCCCCCCCCUAAAACGUCCACAUACCCUGUUACUUAUUUGCGUACUUAACCGCAGGAGGAUGAAGGAAGCGUAAACUCUAGAGGCGUAUGUGUCGAGUCUAUAGUUUGUAGUUUAAUCGCAACCGGAGGUUGGGAGCCCCACACGUACUUAAAUUUUCUUGUCAUGUUUGCUCGUGUUAAUUUUGUAAGCCAUACCACUAGUAACUAUGUAAAUCCAUGGAUCCGCGAUAUCAUGUGACAUUUUUGUGUCUUUUGGAAAAUUUGUGAACCAAUCAUUUUAACUCUUAAGCUAAAUGAAAAUAAGAUUACAACUACAAGACCACCAAA